AUGUUGCUCUCCUCCGCCCGCGCAGCGACCGCCUCCGCUGGGCUCGGCCGGCGUGCUGCCUCCUCCCUCGCGCUCAAGUAUUCCAACGCCGUCUUCAAUGCCGCGCUCCACAAGUCGCCCCAGACGCUGAACAAGGUCCAGUCCGAGCUCACCGCACUCUCGUCCGCGAUCAAGAGCGUCCCCGAGCUCAACGCGUUCGUCUCGAACCCAACCCUCAGCGCGAACGACCGCAUCUCGGGGCUCAGCGCGCUCUACGCCGUUGCUGAGGGCCCUAAGAAGGAGCCCGUGUCGGAUAUCACGAAAAACCUCUUCGUGGUCCUCUCCGAGAACGGCCGUCUCGGCGAGGCGCACGGCGUUAUCGAGGGCUUCAACGAGCUAGUCUCCCAGUACAAGGGCGAGCUCACCGUGACCAUCACCUCCGCCGCGCCUCUGCCCAGCGACAUCCAGCGCAAGCUCGAGUCCUCCCUGAAGCAGUCGCAGGCGGCGCAGAAGGCCAAGUCGGUGAAGGUGGCCAACAAGAUCAACCCGGCGGUGCUAGGUGGUAUCGUUGUUGACUUUGGUGACAAGACGAUCGACCUCAGCGUUCAGUCCCGGGUAACACGGCUGAACAACCUCUUGCAACUGUCUGUUUGAUUGGACGUAGAGCGGAGGAGUUAGAGAGUGGUU